UAACAGAGGCGAUUGCAUUUUGUUUCACAAAAAUUAUUCGGCCAGUGGUAACAGAACAUUGAUCAAAUAGAGCUUUAAUUCGUCAGUUGAUGUGUAAAAAUAUGUUACAUUGAGAAAAUACACGUCCAUCACGCAGAAUAACGCUUGUUCGGCCUUCUCACGAUGUAGGCCUGUUUUUUAGGGAGUGGACCGAAGCUGCUGGAACUCCAUCUCCCGUCAGCGACUGCGGCGUCAGGUGGUACAACUUAAGUUUUCUAAUGCUGGUAUGUGUAGUUUCUGACCACACCAGAAUGUGCUUUUUGCGGAAACUUUGGGGGGAAAAAAUGAAUGGACUCAACAAGAGCACAGUUUUUACCAGCUCCGCAAUUAGGUCUGUGAGAGUUUAAAGUGGAAGGACAUGUUAUCUGAUUUUGCAGUAUUUCACUGGAAGCGUCCAGUGAUGCUCCACAGUGUGUGUAUUAUCUAUCAAAUCUGAGAGGAGGAAACUUAAGAUAAGUGAAUCCGUUGUCUGACAUUCAGAGAGAUCAUGGCUGCAACACCUGUCCAAAGUGACGGGAAACAAUCUCGAGCACCCUCCAGAGAGGGGCACUCAUCCUCACCAGAGUGUUCUCUGACCUGGUGCUUGGCUCACCUCUCCAAACCUGGAUCAGGGACUGAAAAUAACGGGCAUGGAAAGGCAGACGCAGGCGGUGGCAGAGAAAUGGACAAGAGGUCCAGAGUCUCUCAGUGGCGAGCUCUGGUUGCGAUCCGCACACAGCACAUCAAAGGUGACAAGGCUGGCAUUGCCAGAUUCAGAACUCAAGGUGGUCUCCGGCCCCUGCUGGACCUGCUUAAACACCCCGAGUGCUCCAGGAAAACGCUGGACCUGGCUCUGAGCAUCCUGGCCAACUGCUGCACUGAGAUGGAGACACGUAUAGAGGUUCGUAAGCUUGAUGGAAUAAAUAUUGUGGUGGGGAUCCUGAAGAAAAAUGUGGCCCUGGAGACCGUCCAGAACCGAGCGGCCCGGGCUUUGGGAAACUUGGCCAUGGACCCAGAGAGCUCUGCACUCAUCCACUCUGCUGGUGGUGUUCCUCUUCUCCUGCUCUGUGUGUCUCUUUCCUCUGCCCCGUCCUCCCCCACUGCUGCUUCACCCAAAGACCCCUGUCCCAAACUGGAGUGCGCUCAGUCAGCUGCUCGGGCCCUCCUCUACCUCUCGGACACUCCCUCUAACCGCCUGUCAUUGCUCACCCAAGGGACCUUAUCUGCCCUCGCCCCUCUCAUUGCUCCAGAAUAUCCCCUGGGGCUUAGGCGGGCGGCGCUCAGGACCCUACACGAGCUGACCCGGGGCUGUGGCAUUGAAUGUGCCAGGGAGGUGUCCCGUUCCGGGGUCCUCGCUCAACUCGGUGUCAUGGCGUCAGGGGAGUCUGGUAAACCCUUUGAAGAGCUAGCACUGAAAACUCUGGCCAACAUGUGCUCCCAAGGCUGCCUGCGCCCUUUGGUGGGGUCACUGGGGGUCAUUCAGAAGUUCACAGAGGAAGUCAGAAGGGAUCUGCUGAAGUCUGGAGUCUUCUUUAAGGCACUGUGCUUGUGCUGCAAGGAGGCGGUCAACCGGGCCAAGGUGAAGGAGAGUGGUGGACUGGAGGUGAUAACUGGCUUUUUGUCUGCCCAUCAGAAUCAUCCACUUUCACGGCUUGCCAUUCUGGCCUGUGUAGACUUUGUUUUCGAUGAAUCUGCCAUGGAGCAGUUGCAGGAGCUGGGGCUGGUCCCUCUGCUUGUUGCACGACUAGUCAAGCUCACCAGAGGAGAGGAACAGUCUGCCGAGAAGAUGGAUGUGAGCAUCACAUCGAGCAUGUCUCCCACUGAGCUCCUGCCCUCAUCAUGUUUUGAUUCUUUUGACUUCCCCCCUCCUGAAGGCUACAGGAAGGAAGAAGCUGGUCGGGAGCAAGGUCUAUGUUCAUCUAGCUUUCAGAGUCUCAGGUCCUGGUUGGUGUCUGAGGGACUGAUCUCUUCUGAGGGGGACCUGCUGGAUUCCUCUGGUGUUGAUGGGGAAUGGGGGAGUCUUCAGAUCCCAUCCCCUCAAAACUCAUCCCCAUACCCAGAUUCCAUUUCUCUGAAAAGCUCUUCUUCUUCUUCAUCCUACCCUUCUCCCUCUUCUGCUUAUAAAAAAUCAGCUCAGCCUUCCCCUCCGUCCUCUUCAGCACAGCCCCAACUGUCGUCCCCAUGGAAAUUCACUGAUCCGUCUCCCUCUAGUCCUCAGCACUCCAGUGCCCUCACACCCCAAAAUCAGCCCAUCUCCUCUCCCACUAAAACAGCCCAGUCGCCCAUGUCUCCGUCAAAGUUCUCAUCCCCCCACAGAAGGAGGCAGCGGGCUCAUUCAGCAGCAUCUUUGACUAAGGUCACUCUUGACACUCCUCCCUCUGUGCCCCGCCCGAUGGCUUACCACCACCCUUACCACCCUGAACCCUGGACGCCAGAGUCUCCCAUCCUGCUCCUGCUGUCGCGCUUCUCCCACGCCACCGACCCAAGUGCCGCUCUGGUCAGCCCAGGCGUCACGUCAGGCUUGCUCUACUACCUCACCCAGCACCAGGACCCCAGCAGCAGGUGCUUCCGUAUGCUGUGCCGACUGAGCUGCAACCCAAACUGUUUGCAGGCGCUGGUCCGAACAGGCUCGGUGGCGUUGAUUCGCCACCAUCUCUGCCAGCGAGAGGGAGGGUUUGAUGGAGAGGAGAGGCAGACGAACCGAGUGAAGGCCAAAGUCAAACAACUCGGUGUUGCGCUUCUCAAUAAUCUGCGUGUCCAGUGUGAGUCUGGAUUUGGCUCUGGGGUUCUUGCACAUGUGAUGCUCUCAGGCUCUGAGUCAGACAAGAAGAACUGUGCCCUGUCUCUGCCACUGAUCAGCAGCAACAAGUCCCUGUUGAAGAAACUUCUUCUGGACAGCGGUGGGCUGCUCUUAGCUCUGCAGCCACUUGAUUGCAGUGAUGAUGUGGAUGAAGACAGCGCUGCUGAAUGUGGAAGGCUGCUUUCUGACCUGUUUAAUUCAUCACAUUCAGGCCUGACCUCUCAGGUCCACUCACUGUACUUCUCUCUCCUGAUUGGAUGCCUGUCUACCCUGACAGGCAGCAUUAAAGCUCAGCUUAACAAAAAACACGUAAAUCCAGUUGUGACACAGUCAGUCGGUAAAACUGGCAGAGAUUCACCCCCUCCCUUAAAAAAGCCUCGGCUAGCUGACAUAUGUCCUUAUAGCCUCUCGAACUUUGACCUCCUCUUACUGCUGGACGAUGGGACUCAGGUCCCAGCCAACAGGGAGGCUGUUGCUGGGGUGGAGGGGACAGACGUGGUGAGUUCUGAAUACUUCAGGGCUCUGCUGAGAGGUGGAUUUGGUGAAGCUCAAGGUCGUGCAGAAGAAGCUAUCCAGAUCAAAGAUGUUAGCGUGGGUAUGUUACUACCGGUGCUGCAUUACCUGCAUGGGUGUCGCCUCACCAAGGACACAGGGACAACAAGGGAAGGGGAUGAAGGAGAGAGGGGAGGACAGUGUCAGAUUUUGAACUCAUUAGUCCUUGAAGGACUGAGUGUCUCCUGUAGUGAGAAAGAGGAGCAUUCAUCAGAAGGCUUGGCUUUCCAGAAAACACCUUUAGGUGAGACGAUGAUUGGAGCAUCUCUGUUUUUGGUGACUGAUCUGCAGAGAGAGUUGGAGGAUGUCUGUGUGUCUCUUCUUCUGUCCUACUCCACCAAGGCUGCAUCGCCUCCUACAGAGGACAACGCUGAGAAGGCUGCAUCUAGAAUGGACCGAGAAUGCCUCGAGUCGGCCGAGGAGAACCUCGCUGAUCGAACAUCUGAGUUAGAGCUGACAGGUUUCGAGAUGCAAACAGAAAAUUUACCAGGGCAGACGAAGAAACCAAACAGUUCCCGACAGCAAAUACACAAAAAAAUAAUCUCUUUGGACCAGAGGACAAUUAAAAGUGACACUUCAGUUUCCAAAUCAAGUUGUGCGUCAGUUGUGGACAAAUCAUUCUGUCCAGAAAAGUUGAGGCCAAAGAACGUGGUUAAAGGUUCAGCCCAGCCUCUGAAAUCAGCAGCUCAGGACUCCUUUUCUUCCUCAAAAGCUGGCGGAGGAGGUGGGGCUCUGACCGCUCUCCUCCCUCAGGUAUACUGGUUUUCCCAACGGUACAGCUACCCAGCACUGGGUCGGGCCUGCCUGUCUCUGCUGCUGGGCUGCCAGGACUGUCCUCGGCCCUUCUCGUCCUCCUCCCUUGCUGGGGAUUGCCUUCGCAGACUUGCCAGAGAGGCCCACUGUGCAGAGACUCUGAAACAGGACAUACUGAAUCUGGUCACGGUAGCGUUGAGUUGAGUUUAGGAGGGUCGCACUGGGUGGAGCGAUCGGUGGCAGAGGGCACAGAUAAAGUGGGAGUCGACUCGGGGGGGGGGGGGCUUGAUGUAAGCCUCUAGAAAAGUUGCCAUUGUUUUCAUUUCAUAAAACAAGACAUGCUGUAUAAAUUUCAUCAGCACUAACAGAGCAGAUUUAUUUUCAUAAUUUGGAAGCAUACAUUAAAUGUAAAUUGAUAUAAACUGUAGCCCAGCAUGGCAUUUUGUUAUAAUUUACUGUUGUUGGAUUAGCUUCUAAUGACAUUUGUAUUCUGAUUUUUUUUUUUUUUUUUUUUUUUUUAACUUUAUUUUUUUAUUUUGGGAAAAAGUCUAGAAUUCAUUUGAUAAAUGUCACUUAGCUGGAAGUACUGGAAUUAUCAGGGUUGGUCAAGGAACCAGUUGUUUAUUUUGUACAUGGAGAUAAUAUGGAAUAGCAGAUAUACAGUGUAAAGGUUUCACCUGCACCAUAUAAAUUUAUGCUACUGAAUAUAUUGUUGGAACAUGACUUUGCUUUCAGUUUCUUCUGUUGGUGUGUGCGUGUGUAGAAUGGCCACAGCCACCUGACCGUGUGGCUUCGGUGAAGGUCAGUGGGUCACACAGCAAAGAGUGAAACAGCUGUUGGUUGGUUUGCCUCAAAACUGUGGAUUCAAUUUGAAGAA